AUGCACACGACGACCAGGCGGCUGAUAAGUUGGACUGGAAUCGGAGUGGUUGGGAUGACGGCCAUGGCGGGCUAUGGUCUGUCAUGUGGAGUCCUCGGGAUAUAA